AAAGGAGAAGCGUGCCAAACUUCCAGACUGAAACUUUUAAAGCGAGAAAAGCGCAGAGAGUGAGGGGCAUCCCGAAGUUAUUCUCCUCAUCUUUUACGGAUAUCUAUACACUGCUGUAACCACGGCUUCAAAGGUGGACAACGUUUUUUCCUCUCUAUCCCUGCAUUUCUUCAAGAAAGAAAUGGAAGAGGGCUCCAGUUCUCCGGUCUCCCCUGUGGAUAGUCUGGUGACCAGCGAGGAGGAGCUGGACAGGCAGCAGAAACGCUUCGCGAGGAAGAGGAGACACAGUAAAAAGUCCAGCGAGGACAGCAGCGGCAGCAGCCCGGGGCCGGUGAAACGAGGGAAAAAACCGAGUCCGAGCAGCACCCAGUCUUACGAGGAGCUGCAGAACCAGCGGGUCCUGGCCAACGUCCGGGAGAGGCAACGGACUCAGUCUCUCAACGAGGCCUUUGCGUCUUUGCGCAAAAUUAUCCCCACGCUUCCCUCGGACAAACUGAGCAAGAUACAGACUCUGAAGCUCGCCUCCAGAUACAUUGACUUUCUCUGUCAGGUGCUGCAGAGCGACGAGAUGGACAGCAAGAUGUCCAGCUGCAGCUACGUUGCGCACGAAAGACUCAGUUACGCGUUCUCCGUGUGGAGGAUGGAAGGCGCUUGGUCUAUGUCAGCAUCUCACUAGCACCCAGAGACCUUCACUUACUAUGCCAAAGCGACUGUUUACUUCUACAAAGUAUGAAGACCAAAAGGUAUUAUUGAAGAACCCAUCGACCUCAGAGGCAUGGCGGAGAGACGUAAUGUGACCCACAACUGUGCGUGUGCGGACGCGGACCCACGGCGCUGUGUUGUGUGUGUGACUGUGUGUUGCUGUUGUUGUGGCAGACUGAGAGCUCUGCCAUGUGUGGAGGAGGCCAGAGGUGUCAGAGCCCGGCCUGCAUUCCAGCAAAG